AUGAACGUCAGCACACUUUAUAUUCAUGUUGCUAAAGGAACUUAUUCGAGUGACACUAUUUUUGUGGAAGGCAAUGAUGAAAUUGUGGAUUUUUCCAAUAGUAAGGCAUCUUAUUGGAUGGAUCUGAGUGAAAAUGAAAAGAAAUAUCCUUCAGAAUUUAUAGUUCGAAAUUUGGAGUUGAAUGUUGACAUGUUGUUGAAUGCACACUUUAUUUGUUAUGAAUGUCUAUUAAGAAAUGUGGCCAUUGACAUUAGAGAUACAAGAGUCACAGUCGUGGAUAGUGUGAUUCAAAACAAUCAAUGGAGUUUUCGUUCUCAAAAGACAAUCAUUCGUUCAAAAAUCAUCAAUAGUCAAUUUAAACAUUCUUCGAGUUUAGAGAUACAAGAUUGGACAGUUUCAGAUUCAAUAUUAGAAAAUUUCAUGUUUGACUCGAGUUGGAUUUCUGAUAUAGAAUAUCAACCCAUCAGUGCUCACUUUUCCAUCACGAAUAGCACUAUUAUUCAUUCAAAUUUUACCAUAUCAAAUUCACAGGUCACACUUAACAACUCGUAG